GGCGAAAAUGUUUACAUGCUCCAUGGCCGAAGCCUCCAACCUUCUUUUUUUUUCUUUUUUUUUUUGUUUUUGGGGUUACUAAACGAUUACCUUUUUAUUUUAUCGAAAACUAGUCGGCAACCCAAACCGACGUGUCGCAAAAAUGACAAAUCUAGCAGCGACACUUCAACACGUUUCCUUGCCACCCACUACACUUCAUCCACUUGCAUCCCGCCACGUGGCCGUGAUCGGCGCAGGAGCCUCCGGCCUAGUCGCUGCCCGUGAGCUCCGGCGAGAAGGCCACAGAGUGGUGGUUUUCGAGCAAGGAGACCAAGUCGGUGGGACAUGGGUCUACACCCCCAAGAUCGAGUCGGACCCACUUGGAGUCGACCCACGUCGAACCGUGGUCCAAUCCAGCCUCUACCAGUCCCUCCGCACCAAUCUCCCCAGAGAGGUAAUGGGUUUCAGGGACUUCCCAUUUGUGCCCAGAAAAGAUGAUAAAGAGAGAGAUUCAAGAAGGUUUCCGGGUCACAGAGAGGUGCUGAUGUAUCUGGAGGACUUCGCUAGCGAGUUUGGAAUCGUUGAGUUAGUCAGGUUGGAAACGGAGGUCAUGUUUGUGGGUAUGGUGGACGGUGGGAAGUGGCAGGUAAGGUCGAAAAAGAGAGAUGGGAUUUGUUUGGAUGAAAUUUAUGAUGCCGUGGUUGUCUGUAAUGGCCACUAUACAGAGCCUCGUGUAGCUGACGAUAUUCCCGGCAUUGAUUCAUGGCCAGGGAAGCAAAUUCAUAGCCACAAUUAUCGUACUGCAGAACCAUUUCAAGAUAAGGUUGUAAUCUUGAUAGGGAGUGCAGCAAGUGCUGCUGAUAUUUCUCGAGAGCUAGCAGGAGUUGCUAAAGAAGUCCAUGUUGCAUCAAGGUCGGUUGGUGAUGGAGCCACUGGAAAGCGGCCUGACUAUGAUAAUUUGUGGCUUCAUUCUAUGAUUAAAAGUGUUCAUGAAGAUAGUAGUGUGGUUUUCAAGGAUGGGAGUGCAGUCCUUGCUGAUGUUAUUCUUCAUUGCACAGGGUACAAGUAUCACUUCCCUUUUCUUGAAACCAAUGGAAUUGUGAUGGUUGAUGACAAUUGCGUAGGGCCACUCUACAAGCAUGUAUUCCCACCAGCCUUAGCUCCAUGGCUUUCCUUUAUUGGGUUACCAUGGAAGGUUGUUCCUUUUCCCCUGUUUGAAUUUCAGAGCAAGUGGAUAGCAGGUCUUUUAUCUAAUAGGCUUGCACUUCCUCAUAAAGAGCAAAUGAUGGAGGAUGUUGAGGCAUUUUACUCUAUCCUCGAAUCUUCUGGCAUACCUAAACGUUACACUCAUAACAUGGCUGAUUAUCAGUUUGAGUAUGAUGACUGGCUUGCAGAAGCGAGUGGGUCUCCAGGCAGUGAAAUAUGGAGGAAAGAAAUGUAUAAUGAAGCUUGGAAGAACAAGCGUGUCCGACCAGAGACCUACCGGGAUGACUGGGAAGAUGACCAUCUGGUAUUGCAAGCUUAUGAGGACUUCAAACAAAUACUCAAAUGAAAGGCGAAGGAGCCUACAAUUUCUUUUUCUUUUUAUUAUUAUUAUUUUGGUGAAAGUGUAUUCAUUAGUUCAUUGUACUUCUCGUUUUAUUUCUGGCUAAUUUAGUCAAUUGAACUUCAUAAUCUUGUCCUGUCCCAUUUUAAAUAAACAAAAAUGCCACAAGAUUUCAUAUUAAUAA